AUGUACACCCCGUGGCUCAAACUAGACUUUGGCUGUGUUCAGAGUGCCGGUAGCUCUAAGAAGGCUGUUGCAGCUUUGGAACAUGCACCCAUGAUGAUAGUGUCUGCGGCUCCUGAAAUGUUCACUGUGCAUGGAGUCACCAACCAGCUGAACACCUCUAUCAUGCCCUCAGCUCCCAACAAGUCCACUGCACCUGGAACAUCUGACCCGUUGAAUGUAUAUGUCUCACCCAGUGCUCUCGACAAGUUUGCUGCACCCAGAGUGUCCAAUGCAUCAAAUGUCUCUCACACUCUGAAGCCUUCCUCAGUGCGAGGAGCAUCUGAUCUGUCCACAGUUCCCAGUACUCCUAACGCAUCCACUGUUCCUGGUAUAUCUGAGCUGCUGUACACGUCCACUGUGCCUGGAGUGCCUGAGCCACUGAAUGCACCCAGUGUACCUGAACCUCUCAAAGAAUCUGCUGUGCCUGGAGCAUCUAACACGUCAGAUAGAGCCAUGGCAUCUGGUGCUCACAACACAUCUGCUGUGCCUGGGGCACCUGAACUAUCAAACAUAUCCAUCAACCAUGGUACUCCUGAUGGGUUCGCUGUGAUCAGAGUGUCUGAUGCAUUGAAUGUCUCCCAUGCUCAGAAGCCAUCCUCAGCAUGA